AUGCUCGGCUUCGCUAUAUUUAUAUCCUUCUUUUUCAAAAAACCAAAGCGAAAGAAGAGGGUCAAAGUUGCUGCAAGUACAAAGAAUGUGGGUGCAGGAUUUCAUCGAGCAGGAGAGGUCGAGGAUUUUAGUGAAGGAGAGGAAAUUGUUCUUGAACAGGGUGAUGAUUCAGAGGAUGAGGAGGAGAUUGCAGUCAUUGAAGAGGCAGAUGUUGAGGAAGAUGAAGCAGAGAAUGAUGAGGGGCAAACAGUACACAAUGAAAAGGUGGCAAAGACAUUGAGAGAGAAGGCGAUUCAGCAAAUGGCAGCCAAUGGGAUUAUCAUUGACUCAGGAGAAGAAAAAGUAGCUCUUCAGAUUUUUCCAAAGGUUGCUGGCCUUGCUCGCCGUGUUCAUGAUAAUGCUGUUCUGAAAGAGAAGUUUGAGAGGUUGGUUUCAGCAGAUGAAGAGUUACAUGGCCAGCAAAGGGCACUCACCCAACAAGUUCCAACUCGGUGGAAUUAUGAUCUUGCAUGCUUGGAUGCUCAUUUCUAUUUCCAUGACAUUAUUGAGCAACUUACAGCUGUAUCAUCGAAUGGACUACAAGCAUAUCAUUUAACAGAAGAACAAUGGGAAAUUGCUUCUGAUGUGCAAGAGGUUCUCCUGCUUUUUAGUGACAUUACAAAAAUCUUCUCAGUUGCAGAAACACCACUUGUUGUGGAUGUUCUCCCAACUCUAGAAACCUUAUGUGAAGGGCUGAUUGCUGCAAGAGAUGAUCAGGAGAACAACCCUGCCAAUGUUGUCUGGGUUGCUUGUCAUGCUGCAGUUCUUCUUGUUGAUAAGUAUUCUGCCUUUUCUGGAGCCUGUGAUAUUUACAUAGUCGCCAUUGUGAUGUGUCCUGAUCGUAAACUCAAAUGGUUUCAAGACCAUGGUCAUGACCUCCAACAAAUCAAGUCCAUAAAAAGUAUAGUAUGUGAUUACUGGGACAGUGUAUAUGCAGGUGAAGAGGAGAAUGAGCUGAGAGAGGAGGAAAACAAGCCAAAGCGAUCAUGA